UUUGCACUCUUCUUUGGCUCUCUGCAGCUCAGAGUAUGCUGGAUGCAGUUUGCCCAGCCAGAUCUCUGACUUUUAGCCACUAAGCAAAGGAGAAUUUAAUCUUCCACUGGUCUCCUCUCGUUUCAUAAAGAUCCAGGCACAUCCCACAGCCUUACACCUAACCCUUCCCACUCCCAUUGGGACCAACAGGGGGUGGGGAGAAAAUCUGCUCUCCAUUACUGUCACUCACUUCAUUGCCAUGCAGGUUAGGGACUUGGCCUGAUUCUCCUCCCCUCCCCCCCCCCGGGUGUAAAUCAGGAGUAACUCCAUUGAAAUGUGGCAGGAACAGGAAGGAAUCUCACUGCGGUCAGCGAGAGCAGAAUGGGGCCCAGGCACAGGGAGAGGGAAGGGAGCCGAAGGAGGCUCGUUCGGUUUCGCAGGUGCCAUUGGCCCUUGCAGAGAGGGGGCGGGAGCAUGCCCAGCCCCAUCUGUGGAACUAUUGGGUAAGGGAGCUGCCAGCGUGACGGGGAGUCAGGUUUCCUCCUUUACUUAGGCAAUUGCCGCAAAACAUUUCGAGAAUUUCUCCCGGACGGCUGCGGAAGGAGGAUCAGUCGGUCCGGGUGGCUCGCUGGGAAAAGCCCAGCUUCGUUCGGUGCAUUGAAAAGAAAGAGCGAAACAGCUUUUGCACGCUUUUCCUUAAAGCGGGCUCAGCCAGUUCUCUCAUUGUCCUUGAAGACAUUCCGGAAGCUGUAUAUUGAUCUUUCAUUCACUGCAAAGCUCUGUGGAAUCAAGUUAUGUCAACAGCUGCUUUAAUUAAUUUGGUUAGAAAUGGAGGGUAUCAAGUGAGAAGGCGAGCGCUGCUGACCUCCCGCCUCUUGGCAGACGACAAACGCUUGACUGCCGUGUGCCAGAGCUCCACCACAGAACGCCGGGCUUCCCGCUUCGAUCCAGACGGCAGUGGGCGUCCAGCCACAUGGGAUGCUUUUGGUAUCUGGGACAAUCGCAUUGAUGAGCCCAUACUCCUCCCACCCAGCAUAAAGUAUGGGAAGCCGAUUCCCAAAAUCAGUCUGGCCAAGGUGGGCUGCGCAAGCCAGAUUGGAAAGCGGAAGGAAAAUGAGGACCGGUUUGAUUACGCUCACCUGACAGAUGAUGUCCUGUAUUUUGCAGUGUAUGAUGGGCAUGGCGGGGCUGCAGCAGCUGAUUUCUGUGCUAAGUACAUGGAAAAGUACAUUCAAGAAUUCCUUUCUCAGGAGAAGAAUUUGGAAACCGUGUUGACCAAAGCUUUUCUAGAAAUAGACAACGCGUUUGCGAGGCAUGCUCACUUAUCUGUGGAUGCAACCCUGCUGAACGCUGGGACCACUGCCACAGUGGCCCUGCUGCGAGAUGGUAUUGAACUGGUUGUGGCCAGUGUUGGGGACAGUCGUGCACUGUUGUGUCGAAAGGGAAAGGCCCUAAAACUCACCAUUGAUCAUACUCCAGAAAGGAAGGACGAGAAGGAAAGGAUAAAGAAAUGUGGUGGCUUUAUAGCGUGGAACAGUCUGGGGCAGCCCCAUGUGAAUGGUAGACUUGCAAUGACACGGAGUAUAGGAGAUUUGGACCUUAAAAGCAGUGGAGUAACAGCAGAGCCAGAAACUAAAAGGAUUCAGUUGCAUCAUGCAAGCGAUAGCUUCCUGGUCCUUACUACAGAUGGCAUUAACUUCAUGGUGAACAGUCAAGAGAUAUGUGACUUUAUUAACCAGUGCCACGAUCCCCCUGAAGCAGCCCAUGUUGUGACUGAGCAGGCUAUACAAUAUGGUACUGAAGAUAACAGCACUGCUGUCAUAGUACCAUUUGGAGCAUGGGGAAAAUACAAAAACUCUGAGGUCAACUUCUCAUUCACCCGCAGCUUUGCCUCGAGCGGAAGGUGGGCAUGAGGACCUGCUGGAAUCAGAUUUUCUGUGCAAUAACCUGUAUGCCGCAUGCUACAGGAGAACACAUCUUGCCCAUUUAUUUUUCUCCCACUAUUGUACAAAAUAGUAAGCUUACUGCUUUCUGGGUAACAAACCCUCAUCAUGUACAUGUCCCAUUUUACCAUUUUUAUUGAUAUUUUAAGAUUUUAGGCAAGUGUUCAUUUUACUGACUUUUUUGGUUUCCAAUCCCAGAAGAUGAUGGGUAGUCCUGUGCAGAUGGACUAGGUGCAGGGCAGUAUUCAAUACAUGUUUUGUUCUGACUGA